UAUACUUGAAGAUCAAAAAGACCGGUUGUGGCGCCCACCUUGUGACCACCGCAGAUCCCUACAUCUCUACUCAGUCAUCACCAGCCCAGACUGGCCUGGCCCUUUACUCUUUCUUCUCCUCUCCUCUAGCUAUACCACGCCCUCUACUCUACUCUACUCUACUCUACUCUACUCUACUCUACUCUACUCUACUCAACUCUACUCCACUCCACUCCCACGAUCAACACCCAUCAUUAACACACUACUAACCGGCCAUCGCCACUCCCAAAAGACACAAUGCCACCAAACCUCCCCCUCAAACAUCCUCGUCCCUUCACCCACCCCUUCACCCCGACCUUCACCCGCCCCAUCUCCCUCCUCCCCCGCCGCCACCACAACCACCCCCGAACCCCAUCCCCUCCACCCACACCCCCCUCUCAUCCCCAGCCUACAGCUUUGACAAUCACAACAACAACAACAACAGCUACGGUCUCGGCAUCCCCUCCCUCCUCCGCGCCCUCGAAGACCUCACCACAACCCCGCUCUCCCUCCCCCUCCCCCUCCCUCACAGCCCGCGCUUCGACGUCCGCGAAACCAAGUCCGCCUUCCACCUGCACGGCGACUUUCCUGGCGUGAAACGGGAGGAUCUCACCGUUGAGUUUGUGGAUGCGGGGACGUUGUGUAUUUCGGGGCGGGUGGG